AUGUUUCUUUUGAAGAGGUUGCAGUAUAAAACAGUAGCAAACCGAUGUUCAAAGUCUCGCCAUGGUAGCGGGAUAAAGGAUGCAACUGGCGGGAUUCUGGAAACUAUACAAAGUCUCUACAUGCUCUCAGCUGAGGCUCUCGGCACUGAAAACAAAAUGAACGGCGUGAUUGCAGGAAGGAUUUUAUCCGUGCAUUUGUCUGGUUGGUUCACCUCAACUCAUGUUACUCGAUACUUAUCUUUCAAGCAGCGUUCAGUGAAAGAGAAGUCCCCUUACGCCGUGUCAGGCGCCUAUUGGAUAGAUCCUGGUGGCGGUUCCCGUAGUAACGCUUUCCAGGUCUACUGCGACCAGCAAACAGACGGAGGGGGCUGGACACUAGUUUACAGUUACACUUUCACUGCCUACUCAAGCUUCUGGACCGGCCGAAACGCUGUCACCCCGCGCCCAUCUUGGUCAGCUAGCGACGCUAACGUUCGAGUGUCUAAAACAGUUCCACUGAGCGAGACGCAGUAUGAGGCCAUGGACUUUUCUUUGUGGCGCAGCAUUGGCAAGGAAUUCCUGAUCAAGAGCAACAUCAAUAACUGGAUCGCAUGCAAGGAAGGUUCUGGUAGCAUAGUGCAACAGAAGAAGGGGUCACUUUCUUGUAAACUGGUGAAGCAGGUUUCUAAUCAGUGCCCUGGAACGGUACCAAAAUCUAUGAGUCUUCCUAGUCGCGGACCUCUCCUUACUGCUGGAAGUUAUUAUAACUACUUUGACGGGAACACAAGGAUUAACUCACCAACUCAUGAUCCUUGUCGUUAA